AUGCUUUUGUCUGCUGUUCCUUCUCCCAGCGCAGAAUGUCCAGCCCUUCAGGAUCCCAAGGGGGAGCAGCACCAGGCCGAAGGCAAGCGCAGUCCUCAGCCCCAUGCCCCGGGCAACACUGGACUCCCGAGUCUCCGGCCCGCGAGCCUAGGAAGGCCCAACGGUCUCUGGCCUUGGCCGUGCAUCCUGCGCCCCAUCCAGCCAUGUUGCUUCUCCUUGCACUUCUCGCUGCGUUUGGAGGGCUGCAAGCUCGCCUGGGUAAGACCCAGGGAGACUCGACCUCCUUUCCCUCUUUUGCUCUCUGAGCAGCGCUGGGCUCUUCCUGAUUCUGAGGGAAUAUUCCUGCAGGUCACAGUUCCACAGAAGAUAAGAUCAAGAGAGAGUGAAGAUUCAGAGACACAGGUGACUUAUAUCAUUACCAUUGAUAAAAAACCAUAUACUCUGCAUCUCAGAAAACACCCAUUCUUAGCCCAGAACUUUUUGGUUUAUACAUGGAACAAAAAUGGAUCUUUUCAUUCAGAGCCUUCAUAUUUCGUGAUGCAUUGCCAUUACCAAGGAUAUGUUGCAGAUUUUCCAAAUUCAGCCGUGACUCUCAGCAUCUGUUCUGGGCUCAGGGGAUUCCUUCAGUUUGAAAAUAUCAGCUAUGGAAUUGAGCCACUGGACUCUUCAGCAAGUUUUGAGCACAUAAUUUAUCAAGUGAAAAAUGACAUUCCAGAUAUACCAGUGUUAGCAGAAAAUGACAGCAAUGUUUUGCAGAAAGACGAGCCCUAUAAAAUUCAUUUAAGCUCACAGGAAACAACUCUUUCAGAACUAUUACCCCAGUAUCUAGAAAUGCACAUUAUCAUGGAAAAAGCUUUGUAUGAUUAUAUGGGAUCAGAAAUGAUGGUUGUAAUGCAGAAAAUUUUCCAGAUUAUUGGCCUUGUCAACACGAUGUGUAGUCAGUUCAAAUUGACUGUAAUACUGUCCUCCUUGGAAUUGUGGCCAGAUGAAAAUCAAAUUUCUACUAACGGGGAUAUGGAUGAUAUAUUACAAAGAUUUUUGACAUGGAAACAGGACUCUCUUAUCCUCCGGCCCCAUGACAUAACAUUCUUACUUAUUUACAGGAAACAGCCUAAAUACGUGGGAGCGACAUUUUCUGGCACAAUAUGCAAUAAAAGUGGUGAUGCCAAUAUUGUUAUGUAUUCAGAAGCAAUAACCCUGGAGGGAUUUUCAGUUCUUAUGGCUCAGCUACUUGGCCUUAAAAUAGGAUUAACGUAUGAUGACGUCAAUAAGUGUUCCUGUGCAAGAGCUACGUGCAUAAUGAAUCGUAAAGCAAUGUUUUCCAGUGGUAUAAAGAUGUUUAGCAACUGUAGCAUGCAUGCCUAUAGAUAUUUUAUUUCCACAUUUGAGGGUCGGUGUCUUCAGAACUUUCCAAAACUGAAACCAUUCCAUCAAAAUCGAUCGGUGUGUGGUAAUGGGAUUUUGGAACCUAAUGAAGAAUGUGAUUGUGGCAGUGAACGGGAAUGUCAAUUUAAGAAGUGCUGUGAUUACAAUACAUGUAAACUGAAAGGCUCAGUAAAAUGUGGUUCUGGAUCAUGCUGUACAUCAGAAUGUGAGCUGUCAGAAGCAGGAACUCCAUGUAGAAAGAGCGUUGACCAAGAGUGCGAUUUUACCGAGUACUGCAGUGGAAAUUCUAGUGACUGUGUUCCUGACACUCAUGCAAUGAAUGGCGAGUUAUGCAGGUUGGGAACCGCGUACUGUUAUAACGGACGGUGCCAAACUACGGACAACCAGUGUGCCGAGAUAUUUGGCAAAGGUGCUCAAGGCGCCCCAUUUGCCUGUUUUAAAGAAGUUAAUUCUCUGCCGAAUAGACCUGGAGACUGUGGCUUUAAAAAUUCCCAACCAUUACCCUGUGAACAGAAUGAUGUUCUUUGUGGAAAAUUAGCCUGUAUUUGGCCCAAUAAGAAUUCUUACAAAAAUGAUGUUCAAUCAGCGGUUUAUUCAUAUAUUCAAGGACAUGUGUGUAUAACUACAGGGUCAGCAAUGAGGUCAGAUGGAAGAGAUUAUGCCUAUGUGGCUGAUGGCACAGUGUGUGGUGCACAAAUGUAUUGUAUAAACAAAACCUGCAAAAAAGUUCCUUUGAUGGGAUACAAUUGUAAUGCCACUACAAAAUGCAGAGGAAAUGGGAUAUGUAAUAAUUUAGGUAACUGUCAUUGCCUUCCUGGCUAUAGGCCUCCAGAUUGUGAACUACAAAUUGGCUCACCAGGAGGAAGUAUUGAUGAUGGAAAUGAUCAUAAAUCUGCUAUAGUUUUUAUUAAAAAAGCCUACAAUACACAUCAGGGCAACUGGCUUAUUCUGAGUUUCUACAUUUCUCUGCCCUUUUUCAUAAUUUUCAUCUUUAUGAUCAUGAAGCGAAAUGAAAUGAGAAGAUCAUGCAACAAAGAGAAUGCAGAAUAUGAGGGUCAUUCAGUCAUGGUACCAGAAAGCUAUAACGUGGAUUACUAA